CGCUCUCACUCUCACUCUCCUCCUCUCUCUCUCUGUGCUCUGUUGCUCUGUUGAUAAGCUCUUGCACUUGCCAGUGGCCAGCUUACAUAACCCGAGCGCUGCUCAAUUCGGCUGCUCCGUUAGUUCGUUUCGUGUAUAAAACGCGCCGCUGCAUCGUUAGCCGAAUCAUUUACAGUUUGUCGUUGUUCCAGCAGACGACACAAAGCAAAAACAAAGCCCACAUCCUUUAUCCAGUAAAUCGAAGCGUUAUGGCGGCGUAUUUCAUACUGAGCGCUCUGCUGCUCGCCAGUCCCGCUGCAUGGAGCAAGCCAACCUUUGGACGUGAGCACGUGCACAUACGCAUCCACCUGCCGGAAAGUGGAGGCGACGGUGGCCACGAUCAUGGCCAUGGCGGAGGCGGCGGCGACUUUUCCACUUACGAAAUACACGAUCAGGGUCAUGGCGGCGGUGGAUAUGGCGGCGGUGGCGGCUUUGGCGGCGGCGGUGCUCCCCAUGUGAGCACCUUUGCUGUCAUCACUGAGAAUCAUGGUGGAUCGCUUGGCGGCGGUCAUUAUGGUGGUUCCGGUGGCUACAGCGCCGGUGGACACGGUCACGGACACGACGACGGCAAACUGGCUGUGAUCGCUGCUGCUGCAGGCUCUUCCUCUUCCCAUGGCAGCGGCGGCUAUGGCGGCUACAGUGGUGGACACGGUGCCGGUGGCUACAGCGGCGGCGGCGGCGGUGGUGGACAUGGUCUGGCUCAAAUCGCCGCCAUUGCAGCCACCUCUGACUCCUCAUCGCAUGGCGGCAGCGGCUAUGGCGGCUACAGCGGCGGUGGUGGUGGUCACGACGAUGCCCAUUUGGCAGCCGUGGCAGCGGCGACUGCUGCCUCCUCGGGCUCCUCGCACGGAUCUGGUGGUGGUGGAGGCUUCAGCAGCUAUGCAGCGCCCGCCAGCAGCUAUGGACCGCCAGCCAGCAGCUAUGGACCGCCAGCCAGCAGCUAUGGAGCGCCAGCCAGCAGCUAUGCAGCGCCAGCCAGCGGCUGGACGGGCACCGGCUCCAGCUACAGCGGCGGCAGCAGCUACAGCACCGGCAGCAGCUACACUGGCGGCAGCAGCUACAGUAGCUCAGGCGGCGGUGGGGGCGGUGGCUACAACUACUCCCCGCCCACUGGCGGCUGGUCCGGCGGCAACUCCGGCUGGGCCUAGGCUAACGGCCCGCUCUGACCAACCCUGGUCGUCUAGUCUAUGUUCAUGUUCAUGGCCCCCGCGCCCCAUUGGAGAUAAUAAGUUAUGAUUCACUCACUGAUCAGCAUACCCAUACGCAGCAUCCAUUUCAGCAUCUCUGCAACAUUUACUCUUCGUAUUUAUGUAACCGACCCCUUUCACUCGCCCCCAUAAAAGGGGGAUUAACCCAAAUGUUAUGUCCAUGUACAAAAUAAAGUAUGUAGUGUAAUAAUUUAAGAGCAAAAACAAAACUUGACAAACUUGAGUCUAACCAAAAGUCAAAGCCACAAGAGAUUAUGUCAGCCUGAGGUGAAAGUGUAAGAGACGAACAAGAAGAAGGUGGAUGGUUGACGGGAGAUUCGAGAUGGAAGGUGGGAGAUUCGAGAUGCCCGUUCAGCGAUGAGCUGAAGAUCAAGUUGAAGACGUAAGACGCGAUGAUGCAAUGCAAAUUCAAGAGCAAUCGUAAU